AUGCCGCCAAAAUCAGCAUCUAAGCCAGUCACAGGCCCAUCUCUUGAUCUCAUGGCUCGAAUCCACCAUCUGGAGUCACUCAUUGCUGGAUUACCCGAAUCACUCCCCGAGAACCUCUCUGAAUCCUCCUACCAGUUCUCCUUCGACGAGGAGAAGCUUGCAGAUCGCGGCUACUUUGGAGAAGUCAGCCAUGUAAUUGAAGUGUCAUUCCAGACUCACACGCUUGAGCGUGGUGCUCCAAUUCCAUUCCCGCAACGAGGGCCAAGCUUGCAGCCACUGGUUCCUCUGCUGAAAACGGCAAUCAAAUUCAUGACUGCAAAUGAACGGGAGAGCUUCCGGACUGCAUGGUUAGAGCGGUUGAUUGCAGGAGCAGUGAAGAGUGGGGCAAAGAUCGAACCGCGGAAGAAAGCUGUUGGGGAUAAACGUGCAGUUGAGCAGAGAGACGAAGUCGACGAGAUUAUACUUCUUGAAGGACCUGCAAAGAAGAAAGUACAAAAGAAUACCAAUCCAUUCUCUCUGGCAGCCACUCGAGCAAAGGCCCAUCCUCCCGUCCCUCAGUUCCUCAAGGAUGCUGUGGAAGUGAGAGACGAGGCUUCAAAACAACCUCGGGCCACACUGGAAAGCUUCAGUUUUAAGCCUGGAGCGACAGCCGAAGAUACCGCUCAAUAUUGGGCAAAAGUGAAUGCCGAUUCGAGGAUGAAAAGAAGGGAACAAGCAGAGGCAGAUGAGAAAGCAGAGGAAGAGAGGGUGGAGCGCGUACGGGAACAGAAUCGAGCUCGUAAACGUGCACAGAGGGAACGUGAAAAGGAAAAGAAAGCAGCAGCAAAGGCGGCUGCGGCUCUGAAUAUCAGCGAGGUUCUCAUGCAGACCCCAAGCAGCGACGCACCUCUGGAAAUCUCCAGUGUCCCUGAGGUCUCCCGUGCGGCCACAAAUGAGUGGAAGGUGGUUCGAAACGGAACAAAGCGUGGUGUCGUCAAGAAUCAAGUGUCGAAGCGUGUGUUUUGGCAGCACCCCUUCCUCUGGAUUCUCAUCGUGCAGGCGGUUCGCAUCAGCUUUUGGUCUGCAGAGGGAGCUGCAAAGUAUCUGCGCACCAAGUAUCCCACCCUUUUCGAUGCACCAGGGAACACCAUCCAUCGGGGAACCAUCUAUCGAUGGAUUGUGAAAGGCGAGAAGCGCUUCACGGAUGCUGUGCUGGCAAGGGUGAAGGCUGAGCGGACGCUGGCAGGCAGUGGGCGCGUUGGAGUCUUGACACCGUAUCCGCAUGUCGUGGAGAAGAUGGUGGAGACACUCAAGGGUGUGCGAAUUGCCGGUUGUGCCGUAAAUGUUCCCAUUGCACGCGGAAUCAUGAUGGCGAUUAUCACCGACUUGGUGCCGGAGAUCUGGGAGACAAAGUUCUCAUGCUCGGAACGAUUUGUACGGUCUUUCCUGGAGAGCACACUCGACUGGACCACUCGGGCAGCUACGCGAGCUGCAAAACAUAUCCCGGACAAUGCAUCGGAGCUGUGCGAGAGAACUUUCUUCCGCCUUGUUCACGCGAUAGAGACGGAGCACAUUCCAGCGAAGCUCAUCAUCAACUACGAUCAAACCGGAAUGUACCUGCUGCCUAACAACAGUCAGACAUUUGAGCAGCGUGGAUCGAAGCAAGUCUCUGUUGUGGCAAAGGAUGAGAAACGCGCGUAUACACUGGGCAUUGCAACGGCCGCCGAUGGCUCUAUACUUCCUCUGGAACAGGUCUGGAGUGGUUCGACCGAUCGCUCGCUCCCGAAAGCAACAGCUGACGGAUUUGCGGAAGCCAAAAGUCGUGGCUUUCAUCUCACAUUUGCUGCCAGCGACAAGCGCACGAGCCACUUCAGUACUGUCAAGACAAUGAAAGAGCUUUUUGAACGUAUCUUCCAAGUCUAUGCCAACAACAUUAUCAAGGACGAUCCCGAUCUUGAUGACGACCAGAAAUGGAUCAUCUACUAUGAUAUCUACCCAGUUCACACGUCGAAAGAACUGCGUGAGUGGAUAUACAGCACGCUUCCCAACAUCAUCCUCGUCUUUGUUCCCGGAAACUGUACUGGGCUGCUCCAGCCCCAGGAUGUUGGCAUACAGCGUGUUGCAAAGCACAAGCUGCGCCAGGGCCUGAUGAGCUUCCUUGUUCAAUGCUAUCAGGCUCAAACCAGUACCGGUAUCCGACCAGAGGAUGUGAAGUUCUCCUCGUCAAUGCCUGUGCUUCGCGAUGCAUCCAUUCGGCCAUGCGUGGAUCUCUAUGACUGGUUAAAGACCUCCGAAGGCCGAGACCUCAUCAAGCAGGCGUGGGCAAAAUGUGUUGUCCCUGACAAGACAUAUGAUUUGUCGUACGAGACACUGACAAGUCGUGCUUCCCGGAAGGCGCUUCGCGAGUAUCUCAAGACCGACCGCAUACUUGCUGACGAGAUUAAGGCCAGAUGUGGAGCCAUUGAUCUGCCGGACCUGCCAGCUGAUAUUACAACGACCAAGGAAGUAGACGAGGCCGAUCUGGAUCGCGAUGCCGAAGGCGAAGGACUUGUGGAUGACUCGGCAUUGUCUACCGAGGCCGUAAUUGCUCACAUCUUCUCAAAGGACACAGCGGAGAAGGCUGAUGGGCAUGCUGUUCGAUCUGUGCUGACUCCGACAAUAGACGAGGAGGACGUUUGGGCCUAUAACAAUGCAGGGGAGAAAUGGAGUGUUAUUGGACCACCCAUGGAGGACGAGACUGGUCAGUAA